GCUCAGGCUAGUCUUGAACUCCUGACCUCAAGUGCUCCUCCUGCCUUGGCCUCUCAGAGUGCUGGGAUUACAGGAGGGAGGGCCACUGUACCUGGUCUAUAUUUUAUUCUUAAUUGCACAUUUUCAGAAGCAGUGCCAACAGGGAAUAAUAAAGUUAAGUUGGUAAGGUUCAUCACAAGAAUGUUAUCCUCCUGGGCUCUGCGUUCUAGUGUGGGGCCUUUUCAUUUAUAGGUAGAUGCAUAAAUAUUAACUCAAGAUGGCAGCUAGCAGGGCACAGACUUGGAAGACACGGUGGCAAGAUUGCCACUUGGUGCUAAGAACACUGGGGUGCAUAUAGAUGCUGUCAUGGCAAUCUGUUCUCUUCUUCCUCUCCUCCCAAAUACGAUCUACUUUGCAGUAACAAAUUAUAGACUUUAUAAUGAAUUACCUGAUUUACAAGUGAAGAUAUGAAAACUCUGACAAAGAGGUCCAGGUUUCAUAACUGUAAAUUCCUGAGAGAUCUGGGAUUCAAACCCUUGAUUUUUCUGAUUGUAAAGGUUUUAUCAGUACACCAAUGCUGGUGUGAUUGGGAAAUGCCAGGAGUUGCUCAUUUUCCUCAGUGAAGAAUGUUCACUGCAUAUUUUUCUUUUAACACAAAAAGUAAUGUUUAGGAUAAUUGUUCACUGGUUGUCAGACUAUUUCCUUUGUUCUUUUGAUCACAAAAUCAUAUAAUUUUAGCACUGUAGAAGAUCUUAAUAUUUCAGCUGCCUUAUUUUUAGAUGAAGAAACUGAGGCCCAGGGAGGACCAAGGACUUGUCUGGUGUUUCUCAGCUGGUUAGUAGCAAUAUUAAGGGCAGGAAGGGCCCCAUGCUGUGUCAUGUCUCCAAUGUUCAAAGUACACUCUCAGUUCUGAUUUUACCUUUUUUAGGGCUAUAGGCCAUUUAUUUGCUUUCUAGUAUUAAUAGGUUCAUAUUAUUGCUUUUAGGACUAUUUUACAUACAAAAUUAUAUUUUAUAUUUACGUGUUGGUGAAUUUGACAGGGAAUAUUGGAACAACUUACUGUUAAUUUACAGGCUGAUAAGCUGUGAAGAAAUAAAACUGGUUAUAAAAAUGGAAUUUCACUUAAAAUUUUAUGCCAAUUAUAUGAUAGAAUGGAGUGUGCUCUUUAAAUCAAGGCUAAGUAUGCAUUGUAUUUACAUUUUCAAUAGUCUGAAAAACUGAAAGCAAUAUUUAAGUUAUGUAGCAUUUCAAAUGUUAAUUUUAACUAUGCAGAUAGCCCUGCCAGUUUCAUUUAAUCAAUCAAAGCUUUGCUUUUUAUUACAUAGAUCUUCACAAUAUUUCUAAUCUUGGGAAAUCAGAGUGCAUAUUAAUGUACCUGUGAUCCACAGAAACAAUUUACAUUGCUUGAUAACUCUAAAAUACUCCUUGAUAAUUGUAUCAAACUGUAAUUAUCAAAAUUGUUUCUGAAAAAAAGCAUGGGAAGUAUAUUCUAGUGCUUUUCAACUUCUUAAUGAGAUUAAAAAUGCAACAUACAGAAUUUGUAAAAUUGACAACUUUCAUUCUUCCAAACUGUACAUUCUUUUUGUUUGGAUGAGUGUGAAAGUGGACGUAGUAUGUUCAGAACCACUUGAGGUUCUCAGCAUCAUCCUUUAUCCUUCCAACUCCUGGUAAAUAGGUGUGUGUGCCUAGCUAGAAAGUACAGUAAGAAUUUGUAUGGAAUUUCUGGCAUUAAGAGAAUUUUUCAUUCCUAUAGUGUCACAAAGUAAGUCUCUUACCUCUGCAAGAUAACAGAUUUUGAACAAUUACAUGAAAUCCGUUAUUUCAUGUCAUAAAGUACAAGAUAUAGCGUGUCUUAAAAUUAGUUGUUUGUAGCCCCUGAAUUUGUUCAAUCACCUUGUGGCUUCAUACAAAAAGACACCCUAAUCCUUGAUCUUUUUCCCAGUGAUGCAUCUGUGUGUGGGUAAUUUUCUAGGCCAUUGACAUAAUUGAUGCAACAAUUUCAAAAUUCAUAGUAUUGAUUACUGUGUUAGAGGCAUAAGGCAAUUUCAGAAAGCAGGUAUUUGACUUUAAAAGAUAUGCUAUCAUGUGCAGUUAACACUUGAUAGUCACUUUCCUCCCACUUUCCUGUCGUUUCUAUUAUUCAUACAGUUUGUUAGGUAGUUAAUUAUGCUUCAUACAAGUUGUUUUCAGUGUUCUGCUAUGUUGGGUUCCCUAUUCAUAUAGCAAACAAACAACACAACGAUCUCCCAGGGAUAAAAGAAAGCUCUUCCUCUUUAAAUAGCAGACAGAAAAUAAGGGGUUUUUCUGGUGUGAAUUUCCAUGUGUAAUUACUGCAUUUGUCUGCAGGAGAAAGGACUCAUGAUUUUUCUCGGUUAUCUUCCUUAAAGACACCCACAGAUAGCUGUAAAGUGCACGUGGCACUGAUCUGAGACCGGGGGCUCAUGGUUUUGUGAGAAUUAGGCCAAUGUACGGCCACUUCUUUCACUGAAUGCCAGUCCCAGAGCAGUUGCGUUAGGCUGGAGGACUGGAGGUGGAGCCUUUUUUGCUCACCGCAGCGAGUAGCUUCUCUCUCUCCCCUGGAGGCGUGUGCAUUGGCUCUUCAAGCUUGUGUGCUGCUCCGUGGAGUGCAAUAGGCAGGGUGUGCUCGCAGACCGUGCUAUAAACUGCAGUUUCUAUUUGGGGUGCUCUCGGAGAGGAACACCAGGAAAGACAGACAGUACCAGUGCCAUGGGCCAGCUUUGCUGCUUCCCUUUCUCAAGAGAUGAGGAAAAAAUCAGUGAGUUGGAAAGCUCGUCCUCUGCAGUGCUACAGAGAUACAGCAAGGAUGUACCCAGUUGGCCAAGUGGUGAAAAGAGCGGAGGGGAGCCCGAUGACGCGGAACUGGUAAGGCUCAGUAAGAGGCUGGUGGAGAACGCAGUGCUCAAGGCUGUCCAGCAGUAUCUGGAUGAGACACAGAAUAAAAACAAGCCAGGGGAGGGGAACUCUGUGAAAACCGAGGAGGCUGAUCGGAAUGGCAAUGACAGUGAGAACAACAGGAAAUGAGUCCUGAACCAGAACCAGGCUCCUGCCGCUCCGUGGAAAGCAUCCCUGCUCCCCUCUGCUGAGUCUAGAGACUGACUCGCCAUCUGCCAAGUUUCUCUCGUCCAGUCCGUGGAGAUUGCCUAAUAUUUUUGUGAUUGAUGUGUUUGCAUUUCUGAAACACGACGGAAGAGGAAGGGAGUGCUGGGACUGGCAGAGGAAAUUACUCUAUGAAAGAAGAAUGUCCCAAGUUUCACUUCCGCUCUGCCAGGCACAAGGGAGAAGAAGGGAACUUGGGUUUUGCCUCCUGGACACAGGGCCAUGGAAGAGGCCUUGCCAUAAACAGAAUACUGCCAUUUAUCCUGACUAGCAGGGCAUUUGACUACUUUAUCUGAGGCCAAAACUCUCACACACAGCUAUCAAGUGCUAAGUUUAAAAUAAUCACUGUUGAAAUGAUCAUCUGUACUAGUCCAUGUUUCAUGUGUGUCCUAAAUGUGCUCUUGGUAUGCAGUGAUCUUUAUUUAUAGUAAAUUAUGUCUCAUGUAAAUGAUAUAUUUUUGGUGAAAUGCAACCUUUUCUAUAAAGUGUGGGCAACAUUUUAAAGGUUUUUUUUAACCUUAAUUUUGAUAUGUCAGUGUGCCAUAGUUAAUGUUUUUCAUUGGCAUUUGUACUUUAAAUGUAUUAUAUAAUUUUUUUUUCUUAGGCAAGAAACCUAUUGGAAUUCAAGACUUAAUUAAUGAAGCACUGCAUCAAGAAAGGAUGGCUCUGAAGUCCAAAGUGAAACAGAUAAAGGAACUUUUAUUAAAGCCUGAGACUCAGGACAAAAUUAGGAGGGAGCUAUUUGAAGGAAGACUGAUUAACAACAGUAAUCAGGCAAAUGAUGUUGAUUCUGGCAUGACUUUGACAUAAGCUCUACAUUGCUAUUAUGGCAACAGUUUGUGAAAUCUUUUCAGCUUAUUAAAUAACUCUUUGGUAAAUACCAAAGAAGCAUUCUGACAGUGUCUACACAACAGCAAACCAACAUUUGGUAAGGAAUUAAUUUCUUGCCAAAGAAAACUGAUUCAGCCCUAUUACUUUCUGAUCUAAACUUGUGUUGUAAGAAUGUCUGUUUCUGUUAUAUUGAUAGUUGUUUUAUAGAAAUGACUUCUUAAUUAGCUGUUUUGUGAGAUGUUUCUUGGGUCCUUGCAGAUAAAAAUAUAGACUGUGAAAAAAAUCAUUUGCAGACAAAAAAGCCAACAACAGUAUUUAAGGGUCAUUUGCUUCCUGUUAACAUGAUUGUUGUUAAAAACAGCACUGUUCAGGCCCGUCUACAUCUAGUGUUACUUUUAAUGAAAAUUUGAAUGUUUAUUGAACAUUAGUACUUGAAUGAACAUUUAUAAAUGUAAUUAUUGCAAUCAUUGGUUAGGAAUGUUUUAUAAUAUCCAUAUAUUAUUUUUCACAGAUCAAAAUGUAGUUUGCUUUUUCAUUUCUUAAUGAAUAAAUGUUUGGGAUUUUUAUUUUCUACUUUUUUGAAGAUGAGCUCCAGGUUUUAUCAUAUAUCCCUUGUAAUUUGAAUUUGUUUGCACUGGUUUAUUUUUAAAGAGCACUCUUGAAAAAAUUCCCCAAUUAUGAUGAUUAUUGUUAACAGCUUUUUCUAUAGUCAUUGUAAAAUUGCUGCUACCAAUAGAUCAUGAUGGAGGGGGAAGUUAUUGAAGAUCAAAUAUGUAAUCAUUUCAAAUAUAAAAUCCAGUUUACUCAUGGAUUUUAGCUAUUUUUUCACUGGGCAAAUUAUACUGCAUUUAUUUAUAAAUGAGUUUAUGCAUUUUCAUGCCUCUUAAUAAAUGUAUUGUUUUCCCUU